AUGAAAUGUAAAGUCAUCGGACGUCGUCACCCGAGAUCAAGGGCGGUUACAUAUACUGGAAUCGAUCAUCCACCCCGCUCGGACGCUGAGUUUAGGCAAGGAAUUUACGUUAGGCACAAAGUGGGUCAUUCACCACUCUUGGAGCUAAGGUUUUUUGAUAUAGUGAAGGACGUGUUAGUCGGUGAUAAACUUCACUUGAUAGAUCUAGGAGUUACACGCAAACUAUUACACGGGUGGGUGUAUGGUAUGAGGGGAGCAACCAGAUGGUCUGAUCAAACCUUUGUGCACAUUUCUAGUCUUUUAAAAAGCAUUACUUUUCCUUCUGAAGUACAUCGCAAGUUACGAGGUUUAGAAGAUUUGAAACAUUGGAAAGGAUCGGAGUUUAGUAGUUUUUUGUUCUAUGCUAGCAUAGUAGUGCUGAGAGGUAACAUAUCAGCAGAAGCAUAUCAGCAUUUUAUGUUAUAUUUUGUUGCAAUAACGCUGUUGUCUUCAAAUGUGUAUAAAGAUUUUUGGUACGAGGCAUCCGACAUGCUAAACGAUUUCGUUUCGCAUUAUGAAGAAAUCUAUGGAGAAGGUUAUAUUAGUAAUAACGUACAUAACUUGUUGCAUGUAACUGAAGAGGUAAAACGUUUAGGGCCUCUGAAUACAAUGUCUGCGUAUCCUUUUGAAAAUGCUCUUCAGCAUAUGAAGGGUAUGCUUAGACACGGACAUAGAUGCUUAGAGCAAGCUGUGAACAGGUAUUCUGAAUUCGAACAGUUAACCAUUUCGAAAAUGAGACCGGAUAAUGAAACGACAUUGAAGGGUUCAGGUGACAAUAUAGUUGUAACCAUGAAGGAUUUUAUCCUUAGGCCCAAUAAUCGCGACGGUUGGUUUCUUUCGCCAGAAAAAGAGCUAAUCAGGUUUUGUUCUGCAGAAAAAUCGUCAGGGACCAUAAAAUUAAUCGGUAGGAAGUUGAUUGAUCCGGUGGAAUAUUUCGAUGGGCCGGUAUCAUCAGGGGUCAUCAAUAUUUGUAAAGGCAAAAUUUCAAAUUUAUCUCCUAAUACUUUCGAAUAUAAAACUUCUGAUGUCAAAGGUAAGAUGGUUGCCGUCAAGUUAGAUAACGAGGGACUUACGAUGUUUGCUCCCCUUGUGCAUACGCUAAUAGAUUAG